UGAACUUGAACUCAUUGCUCACAUCAACUCCGUUAGUACUGCCACAAACCGUCCACCUGCACGCAUCACAAGCUCUCAUCACAUCGCUCCGCCAAGAUGACCUCCGUGUUCGACAGCAUCGAUUCCACCGUGUUCCGGUCGUACUGCUUCUGGUGUGCGGCCCUGGUCAUCAAGAUGCUCAUCAUGUCGGUGCUGACCGGCUUGAAGCGGCACGCCAAGAAGGCCUUCGCCAACCCCGAAGAUGCCAAGGUGAACAAGGUCAAGGUGGUCACCAACGAUCCGGACGUGGAACGAGUUCGCCGCGCCCACCUCAACGACCUGGAGAACAUCCCGCUAUUCUUUGCGAUCGGAUUUCUGUACAUUUUGACCGGCCCGAGUGCGACGCUGGCCGUCAACCUGUUCCGCCUUGUCGGAAUCUCGCGCAUUGUUCACACCCUGGUGUACGCCGUCGUUGUCAUUCCUCAGCCGGCUCGGGGUCUUGCGUGGAUGGGAGCCUAUUUCCCGACCUGGUACAUGGCUGUGAAGGUGCUGCUGGCGUUUAUCUAGGUUAGCAAAUCGAUUUUUACGUAAAUAAACCAUUUCAUAACCUUA